AUGCAGAAGGGGAUGCGGCUCAAUGACGGGCACGUCACCUACCUGGGGCUGCUGGCGAAGAAGGACGGCGCCAGGAAGGGCUAUCUGAGCAAGCGGAGCUCCGACAACACAAAAUGGCACACCAAGUGGUUCGCGCUGCUGCAGAACAUGCUCUUCUACUUCGAGACCGACUCCAGCUCCCGGCCCUCGGGGCUCUACCUGCUCGAGGGCUGCGUCUGCGACCGGGCGCCCUCCCCCAAGCCCUCCCUCUCGGCCAAGGACUCCCUGGAGAAGCAGCAUUACUUUACCGUGAACUUCACCCACGAGAACCAGAAGACCCUGGAGCUGCGGACCGAGGACGCCAAGGACUGCGACGAGUGGGUGGCGGCGAUCGCUCACGCCAGCUACAGGAACCUGGCCACGGAGCACGAGGCUUUGAUGCAGAAGUACCUCCAUUUACUUCAGAUCGUGGAAACUGAGAAAACUGUUGCCAAGCAACUUCGACAACAGAUUGAAGAUGGGGAAAUCGAAAUCGAGCGCCUGAAGGCAGAGAUUGCCUCCCUGCUCAAGGACCACGAGCGCAUCCAGUCCGUGCAGAGCAGCGCUCCGAGUGACGACGACAGCGACAUCAAGAAAAUCAAAAAGGUGCAGAGCUUCCUGCGGGGCUGGCUGUGCCGCAGGAAGUGGAAGACCAUCAUCCAGGACUACAUCAGGUCCCCCCACGCCGACAGCAUGCGCAAGAGGAACCAGGUGGUGUUCAGCAUGCUGGAGGCCGAGGCCGAGUACGUGCAGCAGCUGCACAUCCUCGUCAACAACUUCCUCCGGCCCCUGCGGAUGGCAGCCAGCUCCAAGAAGCCCCCCAUCACGCACGACGAUGUCAGCAGCAUCUUCCUCAACAGCGAAACGAUCAUGUUUUUGCACCAAAUCUUUUACCAAGGCCUGAAAGCAAGAAUAUCCAGCUGGCCAACACUUGUGCUGGCCGACCUCUUCGACAUCCUGCUGCCCAUGCUGAACAUCUACCAGGAGUUCGUCAGGAACCACCAGUACAGCCUGCAGAUCCUGGCGCACUGCAAGCAGAACCGCGACUUCGACAAGCUGCUGAAGCACUACGAGGCCAAGCCGGACUGCGAGGAGAGGACCCUGGAGACCUUCCUGACCUACCCCAUGUUCCAGAUCCCCCGGUACAUCCUGACGCUGCACGAGCUGCUGGCUCACACCCCGCACGAGCACGUGGAGAGGAACAGCCUGGAUUAUGCCAAGUCCAAGCUGGAAGAGCUGUCCAGGAUAAUGCACGACGAAGUGAGCGAGACCGAAAAUAUUCGGAAAAAUCUGGCGAUAGAGAGGAUGAUUAUUGAAGGCUGUGAGAUUCUGCUGGAUACCAGCCAGACUUUUGUCAGACAAGGGUCCCUCAUCCAAGUGCCGAUGUCGGAGAAGGGGAAGAUCACGCGGGGGCGCCUGGGGUCCCUCUCGCUGAGGAAGGAGGGCGAGCGGCAGUGCUUCCUCUUCUCCAAGCACUUGAUCAUCUGCACCCGGGGCUCGGGCGGAAAGCUGCACCUCACCAAGAACGGCGUCAUCUCCCUCAUUGACUGCACCCUGAUAGAGGAGCAGGAGAGCACCGACGAGGACGCGAAAGCGUCGGGGCAAGACAUCGACCACCUCGACUUCAAAAUUGUGGUGGAGCCAAAAGAUGCCUCAUCUUUCACAGUCAUCCUCGUGGCAUCGUCCAGGCAGGAGAAGGCUGCCUGGACCAGUGACAUCAGCCAGUGCGUGGACAACAUCCGCUGCAACGGCCUCAUGAUGAACGCCUUCGAGGAGAACUCCAAGGUCACCGUUCCCCAGAUGAUCAAGUCUGAUGCCAGCUUGUAUUGUGAUGAUGUUGACAUUAGGUUCAGUAAAACGAUGAAUUCCUGCAAGGUCCUCCAGAUCCGCUAUGCAAGCGUGGAACGGCUCCUGGAGAGGCUGACGGACCUGCGGUUCCUGAGCAUUGACUUUCUGAACACAUUCCUGCAUUCGUACCGCGUCUUCACCACCGCCCUGGUCGUCCUCGACAAGCUCAUCACGAUCUACAAGAAGCCGAUCAGCGCCAUCCCUGCCCGGUCCCUGGAGCUCCUGUUUGCCAACAGCCAGAACAACAAGCUGCUCUACGGCGAGCCCCCCAAGUCCCCCAGGGCCAACCGCAAGUUCUCCUCGCCGCCCCCCCUCUCCAUCACCAAGUCCUCGUCCCCCAGCCGGCGCAGGAAGCUCUCCCUGAACAUCCCCAUCAUCACGGGGGGGAAGGCGCUGGACCUGGCUGCACUCAGCUGCUCCUCCAACGGCUAUGCAAGCAUGUACUCGUCCAUGGCUCCAUUCAGCAAGACCACUCUGGAUAUAAACAAACUGUACGUGUCCAGUAACUAUCCCAACAAAAUCCCUGACGAAGGAGAAGCAGCCUCAGAAAAACAAGAGGAAUCGCUGCCGAGCAAGCAGAGUUCAGACGUGUCUGUCAGGGAGGAGUCCGACACUGACCCCAACCAGAGCGACGAGGCAGAGACUGAAACUUCCCCAACAAAGUCUCCGACUACUCCCAAGUCCAUCAAGUGCAAAAACUCAUCAGACUUCUCCUUGUUUUCCUACAACAACGGCGUGGUGAUGACGUCCUGCCGGGAGCUCGACAGCAACCGCAGCGCCCUGUCUGCCGCCUCUGCCUUCGCCAUAGCCACGGCGGGCGCCAACGAGGGGACGCCCACCAAGGAGAAGUACCGGAGGAUGUCCCUUGCCAGCGCAGGCUUCCCGACCGACCAGCGGAACGGGGACAAGGAGUUUGUGAUCCGGAGAGCGGCCACCAACAGGGUCCUCAACGUGCUGCGGCACUGGGUCUCCAAACACUCACAGGACUUUGAAACCAACGAGGAGCUGAAGUUCAGAGUGAUUAGCUUUCUGGAGGAAGUUAUUCACGAUCCUGAGCUCCUGACCCAGGAGAGGAAAGCGGCAGCCAAUAUUAUAAGGACUCUGACGCAGGAGGAUCCCGGAGACAACCAGAUAACCCUGGAGGAGGUGGUGCAGAUGGCUGAGGGAGUCAAAGCAGAGCCUUUUGAAAAUCACUCGGCUCUGGAAAUAGCAGAGCAGCUGACGCUGCUCGAUCACCUCGUCUUCAAGAAGAUCCCGUACGAGGAGUUCUUUGGGCAAGGCUGGAUGAAGCUUGAGAAGAACGAAAGGACUCCUUACAUCAUGAAAAACACAAAACACUUUAACGACGUCAGUAACUUGAUAGCGUCUGAGAUCCUGCGCAACGAGGAGAUCAACGCGCGAGUGAGCUCCAUCGAGAAGUGGGUGGCCGUGGCGGACAUCUGCCGGUGCCUGCACAACUACAACGCCGUGCUGGAGAUCACCUCCUCCCUCAACCGCAGUGCCAUCUUCCGCCUGAAGAAAACCUGGCUCAAGGUUUCCAAGCAGACGAAGGCUCUGAUCGACAAGCUGCAAAAGCUGGUGUCGUCGGAGGGCAGGUUCAAGAACCUGAGGGAGGCGCUGAAGAACUGCGACCCUCCUUGUGUCCCCUACCUGGGGAUGUACCUGACCGACCUGGCCUUCAUAGAGGAGGGGACCCCGAAUUACACCGAGGACGGGCUGGUGAACUUCUCCAAAAUGAGGAUGAUUUCCCACAUCAUAAGAGAGAUCCGCCAGUUCCAGCAAACCUCCUACAAGAUCGAGCACCAGCCUAAGGUGACGCAGUACUUGCUGGACCAGUCGUUCGUGAUGGAUGAGGAAACCCUUUACGAAGCGUCUCUGCGAAUAGAGCCCAAACUGCCUUCCUGA